CGAAGUGCGAUGCUGGAUCGAUUUGAAUGACUCCGGUAAUGUACCCAGGAUGUUCUUGUUCCAAAUUGUCAACAACAAGAUCGAAAUACACAUGGAGAUUAUAAAAGGAAAAACACUUACCAGUAUCAUGGAUGAGUAUAUGUUUAAACUAAGAGAUGAUCAACAUAGCCAUUUGGUGAAGCCUUUCUCUCUGCAUGUGCUGGACAGAAGCCUUGACGCAAUCUCUGCUAUGCAUGAUAAGGGAUGGACGCACAACGACGUGCACGGUGGUAAUUUGAUGCUAGACAGUGACAUGCGCGUAAAGGUUAUUGACUUUGGAGGAGCAACAAAAUGUGAAGAAAAUGCAAAUUUGAAUGAAUAUCAAAAGCACACUAAUAAAAUUUUGAAAGACUACAAGGAGGCCCUGCGAGUAUUCAGUGGAUUGUAUACCAAUAACACGUUCAAUAGCGUUAAGGAUUUCGAGGACAAUUACAGAAAUGUAUUUGAACAGAUGGACCUGUCCGACAAGUAUGAGCUCAUCGAUCUCAUCGAUAGAGUUGUCAAGUGGGGAGAUAGUAGAAAGCUUAGAAGUGAUGUCAAGCAACAGCUUAACAAUGGUUAG